AUGGGGAUGUGGCCUACGAGGAUCUCGGAUCAUCCUGCUUGUUCAUCUCUAGAUGCUGUGUUUAACAGGAACAGGAAGGCAGUAAAGCUGAAGGAAUGCAAGGUGAAGUCUGAAGUCAUUGGUAUGAACACAAGCAAAUGCAAGGUGAAGUCUGAAGUCAUUGUGACCAUUCCAGAUUCCGAGAAGGAGAAGAAAGGCAAAUUCCCUGGAGGUCAGAGAGUCUGUAGGAGGGUGCCAACACUUUUUGACAAUUUGACAAAAUGCAGCAGGGCCUCUGAUGGGAUUACCACCCCGAAGAAGAAGGAUCCAUAUGACAUUGAUGCACCUGAUUCUUGCAAUGAGCUGGCAGUCGUUGAAUAUGUUGAGGACAUUUACAGAUUCUACAAGAGCACUGAGGGCACCUGCCUUCCUCUCAGCAGCUACAUGAGCUCACAGGCUGAAAUCAGUGAGAGAAUGAGAGCUAUCCUUAUCGACUGGAUUAUCGAGGUACAGUACAGGCUUACUCUAAUGCCAGAGACACUUUACUUGACCGUCUACAUCAUCGACCAGUACUUAUCUAUGGAGAGUGUACCAAGAAAGGAGCUACAGCUCGUCGGCAUAAGUGCCAUGCUGAUAGCAAGCAAGUACGAAGAGAUAUGGGCUCCACUGGUUAAGGACUUGAUGUGCCUCUGUGACAACGCAUUUACCAGAGACCAGGUUCUGACCAAGGAAAAGGCCAUCCUGGACAGGCUCCAUUGGAACCUGACGGUUCCAACAAUGUACAUGUUCAUUGUUAGGUACCUGAAAGCCGCAAUGUGUGACACAGAGAGGCAAAGCAUGCUGUACGAACAGAUCAUGAAAUUGCAAGGGGAGCAACUGGCAUUGUUCGGUUGA